AGAAAGUAGAGCAAUACAGCAUGGCGGACUCAUUUGAAGGUGUACUUUGACAGGAUUUUCUCAUGGUGGACGAUGCGGGGACCAUUUAUUUGUUUGAUAUAUUAGUGGGCCAAGAUUAUGGCGAGUACUAGGCGCCGUGUCAAGCUAUAUACAUUAAAUGAAGACCGGCAGUGGGAUGACCGUGGUACGGGGCACGUGUCGUCGUCGUAUGUUGAACGUUUACAAGGGAUGUCGAUCAUGGUUCGAUCAGAAGAAGACGGUUUGUGGCCAUUUUACUGUAGUGUGGCUUUGCUAGUUUGAUUCUAGUUUGAUUUUUUUUAUCGAGGAAGCCCGAAAACCUGUCGUAAGUUGACCCGGUUUCUUCGUUUUGCAGGUUCAAUUCUACUCGAGUCAAAGAUACAACCUCACACUGCCUAUCAGAAGCAGCAGGUAUAUUUUAUCGUUAAAGUAAUGCCGGUUGUUCGUCAAACGAGUUGUGUAACGCUAUCGUCAAUUCUGCCUCGUAGGAGACGCUAAUUGUGUGGUCAGAAGGCGACAACUACGAUCUGGCUUUAAGUUUUCAAGAGAAAGCUGGCUGCGAUGAGAUUUGGGAAAAAAUUUGCCAGGUGAGUUCAGCGGCCUGCUUCUUCACGUUCUCAAAAAAAAAAAACAAUGAGAGAUCGCUGGUUAUCUUUUGCUGCAUUUCUUACCUCAUGUUUCCCUUUCGUAAGAGACGUAUUUGUUUGAUGUUUAACAAAUCUAUCAUUUACCUACAAACUCUUACGAAAUCAUUAAUGCCUGUGAGGCUCGUCUCAGCGACCAUUGUUUGUUUCAGUAGCAUUCGCAGUAGUAAACUUUCCUUUUUUCGUUAUUGAUGUGUUUUUUUCUAGAUCCAAGGGAAAGAUCCGUCUGUAACCAUUACUCAGGAUAUACCAGAGGAUGACGAUUCGGAAGAGCGUUUUGAAGAAGUGCUCGACUCGACAGGCCCAAUUGAAUUACCGCCCUGCGAACUUAGUAAACUGGAGGAAAUCGCCGAGCUAUUUAGUAGUGUGUUGCCAUCACCAAUUCGCCGGGAAAAAUUGGCAUUGGCAAUUGAGCAAGACAAUUACAUUAGAAAAUUACUGGACUUGUUCCACAUCUGCGAGGAUUUGGAGAACUUGGAUGGACUUCAUCACUUAUAUGAUAUUUUUAAGUCAUUGUUUUUCAUGAACAAGCCUUCAUUGCUGGAAAUCAUGCUUGCAGACGAUCUUGUAUUCGACGUUGUUGGAUGUUUGGAGUACGACCCGAGCAGAGCUUCUCCUCAACGGCAUCGAGUGUUUUUGAAGGAAAGCGCGAACUUCAAAGAAAUUAUUCCCAUAUCAAACCCGGAUUUAAUAAACAAGAUUCAUCAAACUUAUCGUGUACAGUACAUUUACGAUGCUAUCCUCCCCCCGCCGUCGAUUUUUGAGGACAAUAUGCUGGCUUCUGUGAAUUCGUUCAUACUUUUUAACAGAAUAGAAAUAGUAACUCAUCUUCAGGUAAGAUAUACAGCUUUUUUUUUUCGGAAGUAUUUCUGGUAGAAGGUAAUGUUGCUAAGGGAAAAGAAAAUCGAUGACGUAUUUCGUCUCUGUUUGAAAUACAAGACGAUCAACUUUUGUCUCAAGUAAAGAUAGAUUUUACAUUUGUCCGCUGCGCUGUGAUAGCAGCCUAAAGAUGAAAAAGCAGACUGCCGAAGUAAUUGCCCUUGCGGAACACUAGUGUUUUUAAAAGGAAAUUUAAAUAUUUGAUGGGAUUUUAAAGUUAGCCCUCUAAGUUGGGUUAGCUAUGAUUUUUGAAGGUUUCCAUAUUAUUAAUUUUAUUUGCGUCACGUUGUUCUUUGUUGAUUUUAGUUUGUUUUUUUUUUUUGAGUUUUUUUCUCUUUGUCUGGUGGUAAGCUAUCAGAUUUGAUUUCUCUUUUGCCCAUUUCGUAGUUUAUUAGGACAGUUUUUGGUAUGUUAUACAGUAAUGAAUGCAGGAUAGUAGGAGGUUGUUUCACUGCGCACAAAAACUCUUUGGUACAGGUGUUUUAUAGAGAGUUUUUGACGUUUCCUUUGUAUGGAUACUAAACAUGUUGUUUGUCUUACUGCAUGUUUCAAAUUAACAUUUGGAUCUCACUUUGGCACCCAUGACACUAAUACAUUUUAACAAGGUGAAAUAACAGAGUGAAAAACAAAAUACAAGGAUUGAUAACAGUUUAUUUUAAUGAGAUUUUGCAACAUUGAAAUCACAGCAAUUUGACUUGUUGAAAAUGUUUUUCAGCUAUUAUGAGAUCUUUUUUUGCAAUGGAUGGGGUUGCUUAAGCUUGAUUUUGUUUUGUUUAUUUUUGUCCUUUUUGAUAUCAGAAGUUCAAAAUUUUGUCUUGGACAAUCAGAAAGCCCUCGGAACAUGUUCAUCAAAGAUCUCUCUGAAAAUGGAUAGUGUUUUGAUCAAGUGUUUGUCAGUUUUAUGUUGAAGUCAUUUGCCAUAAAGGAACAAUCAUACAUGGUGUUUUUUACUCGUGAACGACUAGAACUUGAGAUGACUGACAAUCAAUAAGGCUUUGUUUGUGUUUUAAGUCCUUUCCUUUCAAUAUUGUCUGGCAAGAAUUAACACUUUCCACCUCUCAGAACAUAUAUUUUAGGAAUGUGCGUGCUAAUGAUGUCUUUUACUGUGGCUGGAAAUUUCUUUUUCCUGAGACUAGACAUUCAUUUGUUCUCAAAAUAUGUAAAAGCAGCUUUUAUGUGAACAUGACUUUGGUAAGGCAUUGAUAGGCUUCCAACAAAAUCUGAAAAGGCCAUAGAACAAGGGUGAGUUCUCACGCCAUGUUUUUUUGCGAUCAGAAAGGUUUAAAUCUGAGGGUAUAGGUUUAAUUAAAGAAAUUGGGUGGAUUUUGUGAGACUGCACAACAUUUCUGAAAUAUGUUUUCUCUGCAAUAGAUGUUAUUUAGUGAUUGUCAGAAAAAGCAAAUACCUCGAAAAUUGCCUUAACUGUGUGACAAACUUUUGAGUGUGUUAUGUUUGUGUACAUUACUUGUCCUUGUGGUUAGAAUGGCACAGCAGGUCAGAGAACAGCUUUUUUUUUAUUCUAAACACCGCUCACUAGCUGUGCAACCAAAGGAAAUCUGUGAAAGGUGUUUCUGAGAAAGAGAUAUCCUCAGGUAAUCAAAAACGUCCUGAGUAUAAUUAUCAGUUAUGAACAGAAACAUUUUUUGUUAUUUAUUAUUUUUGUAUUAAGUAUAUUGGGGUAAAAGAGCAUUUCUAGUUGACAAAGAGGACAACAUUGCUAAGGAAUAGGUUCUUGUUGGUUGACUCUGAAAUUAUCUUUGGCAGGAGGAUGAUAAAUUUUUAGCGGAUAUGUUCUUACAACUCACUGAUGAGGAUACACUGGAAGACAGAAGAAAACAACUUGUAUGUGGCAUUUUUAUUGUUUGAUUGUAAUAUUUUAGAGUGUUGGGGUUCUUUUAUUGUUAUCGCAGACUACUCCAUUAUAUCUUUAAAGAUUUCUGUGACUCCUUUCAAAACAUAGGCUUUGAUGUAUUAGUAGUUUAUCAUUUUUAAGUUCAAAUGCUAUCCUGUAUCUUCCAUGAUGAUGGUAACAUGAAAAACUACUGCGAAACACCAUUGACAGACACAAUUCAUGUUUUAACCCUUUAACUCCCAAGAUCUGAUUGUUAAUUCUCCCUUCUAGCGGCUACUCAUUUCCUUGACGUUAAAGUAAAUAAGGGAAUUUGGUUAGAGAUCAAGACAACAAAAUCUACCUGAUAAGUUUGAUUAUCAUCCUUUAUUUUCUGGAUUUUGUAUGGUUAUUUUAAGGAGAAGUUACACAUUAAUCACUUCUGGAAGCUGAAGGGUUUUAAAUCAAGAAUUAGUUUGUUUACUCUGAAUAUUUGUCAGCAGUUAUUUUUCAAUCUUUCCUUUCUGCAGAUAAAUUUCUUGAAAGAAUUAGUCAGCUUCUCCUUACACUUACAAAUUCACCAGAAGGAUGAAUUUUUUAAGGUAUGUUUGCUGUAUUGACAGGAAAAGUAUUUACAUGUGGUUGUGUUUUGAAAGUGCUUGAAUCUACCAGCAUUUAUGUUACACUUAUUCAAGGUUACUUAGGAAGUGGACUUAGUUUAAGCAAGCCACAAAUCUUAGUAAAUGAACUCUGUUGCAUACAAUAGUUGAAUGCACAUUUGAACCUCAAUUAUCUGGACUUCUGGGCUAAAUAAUUAGCACAAUAAAACUGGGCUAAAUGAUUUUGAUAAUCAAAAGUCCAUAUAAUGAGAAAUAUAGAUAUCAAUGAGCUUUGUUUGGUGGAAAAAAGAUUACACAUGCUACCUAUUAAUAUUCAUUAAAAAUGGGACUAGAUAAGCAAGUCUUGAUGAUUGAAAAAUGCAGAUUUACGAAGUCCAGAUAAUAGAGGUUUGACUGAAGUAAUGUUCAGUCAAAUGUUAACUUGAAAAAACUCAAGCCAGUCUUCAUGUUGAUAUGCAAGAAUACCUUUUGCUCAGUUCAGUUUUUUUUUUGCUUCUUUUUUUUUUAUUUUUUGGUCCUUGUAACAUAGUCAGAGUGGAAAAUGAGGAAACAUAAAAAUCUGAAGUAAUUGUUGCAGUUAUGAGCAGCUUUCAAGGAAAUGUACUUGUUUGCAUUAUGUCACACGGAGUAUUUGAUCAUUCUUGUCCCUAGUACAGGGGAAAUAAAUGAAUGUUCACAUCUGAAAAUGGGAUUGAUUAUGAGAUCUGGUUCUCUUCAUAGUAUCAGUUUUAUUAUAUUUUCUGAUAUGGUAAAAUUCACUUAAUCUCUGCUUUUUCUUAAAUGAAACCACUGUGUUUGCCAUGUGAUGGUUUCUUAUAUUUUAUAAUUUGUAUUGCGACCCUUACAGGCUCUUGUACACCAUGGUUUGUUACCUGCCAUGGAAAUGCUUCUGGUAAGUGUAUGUAGUAAUUCUAAGCUCUUAAUUUUUUUUGUGUUUUCUUGCUGGGAUAAAAAAAAAACAGUCUGUUUGUCCAUUCUUCUCUCUGUUUGUAUUCAGACCAGCUGAUCAUUCACAAAUUGAAGAAAAGAUGAAAAAUAUUUAGUCUUUUUUUCAUCAACACAGCUUAAGAAGAAAAAUGAAUAGCAUGCAUCUCUUUAGUAACAGCCUAAUUGAAUUAUUUACUUGUAUGUGUGACUAUCAACUUUGUUGUUGUAGGUCAGUGACUGCGAAGAGAACAGGCUCUCAGCUGUGGAGAUGUUUUCACAAGUUGUUGACAUCAGCCCCUAUCUUGUAAGGGAUUUCAUCAUGAAGGAGGGACAGACACAGGAAGAGGUAAUUCAUUCUAUUAAUUGAACUCAGGUGAGGGUGGAGUAGUCCUUGCAGGCUACUCUAUAAGCUUGGUGGGUUCUAGACCCAUUCACUUGCAAAAUUAGUAUUUAUCAGCAAUUGAGGGAUAAGAGUGUGUUGUGGUCGGGAAUUAUACUAGUGGCAAACAACAUCACAUAACCACAAAGCUAAUCAGCUAAUCAUGACAAAGAUUACUGAUAAGAUUGCAUGAAACAGAGUCCUUUUUACAAGUAAUCACAAUGAUGACAAAAUUUGGAAACAACAUACACAUCAUUUUAACACACAUAAAUCAAAAUAUAAAAUGAGACUUUUUUUACAAGAGAAAUUGAACCCAAACAGGGUUCCAGGCUGAUUUUUAUAUGAGAGUUGGGGAAUGACCAAAGAGAAAGACAGGAGAUACAGUUUGUACAUUUGAUAAUUCAACCUAAGGUAUAUAAUUAUGUAUACUAUCCUUCUAGUACUUAACCCUUUCACUCCCAAGAUCUCAUCAGAUAUUCUCCUUACUAUCUGCCAUACAAUUCUAAUAAUGUUAGUUUGGAGAAUUUGUUAUUGGAUCAACUGAAAAUCUCCCAAUCACUAUUCUUCUUUAUUCUCAUCACUAGUCUGCUUUGUAUUGCAUUGACACUUUAAGGAGAAAUUCUCUCUUGGUCACUCAUCGGAGUUAAAGGGUUAAAUUGUGUUGCUAAUAACCAAUCACAUUGGGGAAUUUUGUUAUAGUUUUGAUUAAUACCAAAGUUUGUGGAUAAUGAAAAAUAUCUUGUGUAUCAUUUACAUAUGUUCUUGGUCAUUUCUCUUCACUUGCAGGACAUGCUCAUCAACCACAUUAUUGACUUCAUGAUAUGUGACGGUGAUACAGGUUAGUUUAUCAAGUACAAUUUUUAACUUGUGAAUAGGUAUUUCUGCUGAACCUCUUUUUAUUUCAUGAAUCACUCUCUCAAGUUUUGUGGUGUUAAUAUUCUUGUAUUUCUUACCUCAGGAAAUGCCUUUCAACUUUCUCAGUUGAUAAGAACUUUGCUGGAUCCAGAAAACAUGGCAUUAGGAGCAAAUGUAAGAUAAUGGUGUUUUGGUAUUUUUCCUUUUUACUGUGGUACUGAAAGUGUUACACUCAAGACAAAUCAGUGACUUCUUGUCCAGAGCUGUGAUGCAGUGAGUCACAGAAUGUAAUAAUUAUUUCGUUAAUUUUUCCUCAGUGUAAUUAAGGGUUUUGUGUUUUUAUCCUCUGUAAUGCGUCUUUCUCUCAUUUACAUAGAAAAUGGAGAAGUCUGAAUUCUUGAGUUUUUUCUACAAACAUUCCAUGCAUGUGAUGACAGCACCUCUCUUUGCUGCAACCAGUGAUGACAAGCCAAGCAAAGGUAGACCAUAAUGUCGCAACAUAAGCUUUUGAGUUAUUAUUUUAUGAUUUGAUAAUAUUGAUUCCUAAGAGAACAAUUGAUUGAACUCUAUUUAACAGUUCCAUUGUGCUAAUUAAAGUGUAUCAAAUUAAAGUGGAUUUGUCAUUAUUAAUAAUUGAUCCAUCAAUCAAUCUUCUUUAAAUCAAUUAGUCGGCUAGUCUGUCAGUCAGUCAUACAGUUUGUCAGUUGUUCAGUAUGUCAAUAGCAGUCAAUAAACUAAUUAUUCAUUCAAUGAAUUAACCCUGUGAUCCCCUGAGAGCAACUUGCAAUAACUCACAAUAUCACCCCUUAAUCGUACAUCAAUGUCAUGAGAGUAAAGGAAAUGAUCACCAAAUAAAGGAAGUCUUGAUUGUUUGAUAAAUUCUCCUCUUCAGCAACUCAGGAAAUGUAUAGAAAAUAGUACAGAGAAUAUGCAUAUUGAUUUUAGGGAGUUGAAGGUUAAUUAGUUUGAUAACUGAGCUCUGUGGUACGUUGUUUUGUAUAUUUUUAAUCUCUGUUUAUACUCUGAUGUUUUUGGCCUCUUUUUGGUGUUGCAGAUGAUUAUGUCAACAGCGUGACACUUGGACACAUUUUAGAACUGCUGACAUUCUGUGUUGAACACCAUACUUACCACAUAAAAAACUACAUCAUUAGUAAAGACCUCCUAAGAAGAGUGUUGGUGCUAAUGAAAUCGCAACACAAGUUUCUAGUUUUAAGUGAGUGAUACAUCUUCAAAAGAUAUAAAUAUUGUAGUUGUUUAAUUUCUGAGGAAGCAACUGUUGAUCAAUAAUUUAGUCUAUUCAUACAACUGUCUGAAAUAUUUUAUUUCAGAUUCACUACGCUUUAUGAGAAGAAUAGUUGGUUUAAAAGAUGAAUUCUACAACCGUUACAUCAUCAAGGGACAGUUGUUUGAUCCAGUUGUUACAGCAUUCAAAAACAAUGGACAGAGAUACAAUCUUCUUAAUUCUGCCAUCGUAGAGCUCUUUGAAUUUAUCAGAGUGGUAAGUAAGCUGUACCGGGUGAAGCCUCCUUCUUCCACACCCCUACACCCCUCCUCCAGCUGCUCUUUCCCCUCCAUGUCUCCUCCCUUCCUUAUCCCUUCAGCAAUGUUAAAAAGUUAAAAAGCUUUCAUAAAAGCAAAGUUAACCCUUUUAUUCCCAGGAAUGACCAAGACACAGUUGUUCCUUACAAUAUCAAGCAGCAAAGUGACGAGAAUUGCAAAAAAUAUUAACUAGCACAACUCUGCACUAUGGAACUCUUGAAUUACAGGUAUUACAGUAGUAAAUUACAGCUUUUUCUUUUUAUCUCAUGUUACAGGAAGAUAUAAAGAGCCUCUGCUCACAUGUUUGUUCCAAAUACACGCCGUUUUUUAAAGAGGUUACAUACGUAAGCACAUUCAAAGGGAUUCUGCAAAGAGAUGAACAGGAGCUGGAUAGAAAACAGAACAGGAUGCUUGAGAGGUAAACUUCGUUGGAUAAAUUAACUUGAUCAUUUAAACAUAAUGUAGUAUGUGUGCAUUUCUCAAGUUCAAUUUCCACUCUAAUCGAUUAAAUGCCAAUGACCCUAAAAGACCUCACCUUUUCCUAUAAUCAGCCCACAACAGCAUGUGCAGCUCGUUUUGACUUUCAAAAGCGAUAUAAAACAGUUUUCUUCGCUGCAUGGUAUCCUCUUUCCCAUACGUUAAGCUGUUUGUUUGUACAUUGUUUACGUUCUCGUGGUGGUAUUUUAUUUAAUCCUGAUUGGCUGCUGAAUUAUGAUGGUCUUGGUCUUGUGUAACUCAAUUGAAAUUUCUUUUUCGGGGAAGGGGAUGCUGCGUCAGUGGGGUGGGGGAUGCUGCGUCAGUGGGGUGGGGGAUGCUGCGUCAGUAAGGGGGGUGCUACAUCAGCGGGGGGGGGUGCUGCGUCAAUGGAGGGGUGCUGCGUCAGUGAGGAGGGAUAUUACAAGAUAAUUUGGUUUUAUUUCCUGAAUUGUUAAUUUUAAUCCGGUAGAGAGUUUCUAAAGCUGAUUUUUCGAGCGUUAGGCCUUCAUUAAAGCGUCGUUAACAGCUCAGCUGAUAAAACUUCUCAUUAAUUAAAAUGUGGUCUGUCUUGAAAUUGAUCUCUAAAAUUACCUGGCUGUUUACGCUGAAAGUUUCUUUUCUUGGAUUUCAGUAGGGGUCCCUUGAAUCACGGCACUAUCCAUGUGAACAGCCGGUUUAGACGAGAUGUGCGGGCCCUCGAUGAGGACGAAGAACUAUGGUUCGACCAGGAAGAUGAAAAUGGAGAGGAAAAUGUCACGCUUGAUCAAAGUGACCUUCUUAACGAGGACUCGUCUUUUAAAAAUCGAAAAACAUUCGUCAACGAAAAGGCACCUCCCUCAAUCGUCAAUAACAAGCGGGUGAGUGCAUCUUUAGUUAUGAUGAAAAACAAUAGUUAGUGAAAAAAUUAGUUAAAUAUAGUGUCGCUGAAAAAGCGAAAACCCUAUCCUAAUUGAUCAGUUUUUCUUUUAAUAGCUACCCUUUGAGAAAACUUUUACGCAUCAAGAACGCCAUAUUCAUGGCGCAGGAAAAGCUGCUUUGGAAAAACUGAGCAGCCUUUGCUUCCUCCCAAAUUUAUUUCCUUUUUGAUUUCCUCCACAGCCAUUAGUUGGACUUGUUGACUAUCCUGAUGAUGAGGAGGAAGAAGAGGAAGAAAGUGAAACGACGAGCCCUGCGAAAAGAGCGCGGCUAAAUGCCUCCUAGCAUUUGCCUUUAAGCCUCGUGUGUGUUGCCUACUGCCCAGGGAAAUAGGAGAGAUGUACACGUAUGCGUGCAUGAAAGCACCGCGUGACUCCGUGACAUGCCAAGAGCGUGACAAUAGAUCGAGUGAAAUAGAGUCAAAAGACGUUUUCUUGCCUAAUGGACAGGUUGAUCCUUGUUAAGUUACUCUUUCUGCUGGAGAUUUCAGCUCUGGGUAUCUAUCAUUACGUUGUUUAUCUUGUGUUUAUUUUAGUAUCUCUCUUGUUUCAGCCAAAAUGAUUCUUAUUAGCGGUCUUAUGUUAAGUCAGAACUAAAUUUUGUAGUGUUUUAGAUUUAGAUAAGAUAUUUUCAUUGUAUCGCAGUCCUCCGAUAUCUGUAUCCCUUAAGAAAGUAUCUUUAAGUUAUUCUAACAGCUUAGUGUUCUACCCGAUCAGACGAUUCUAGAUGUUUAUUUUAUGAUAAGUGUGAUAAUUUUCUGGCAUCCUUUGCAUCCGUUGUUUGGUCGUGUCACGCAACGCUGUUUUUCAGUCGAUAUGAGGAAAGGUUCGUUGCGUAACAAGACCAAACAGCGGCUGCACAGGAGACUCUUUUUUUAUCCAAAUGCAUUGACGAGGCUGGCCUCCAAAUAAUUAUCAAGUGUUAUAAUAGCAAGAACCUCUGAAAUUCCAGAGUAGUUCAUAAGGAAAGUGUCAUUUUACAACUGUGAAGCAGUCAUUGCUUGUCUUUCUUGAUCAUCAUGAUCUGGAUGCAAUGAAGUACGUUACUUUACUGUUGCGUGACGUUAAGGAAAAAAGUGCGUACUGGAAAGUUUUUCUGUCAUCAAAAGAUUCUUCACAUAAAGACUGCUUUGGAAACGGGAAGCAUGGAUCAACCUGUCCAAAGAACUUUCCUGCAUUUUUACGGAGAUUAAUUUAUUCCUUGUAUUCUUAAAUUACUACAUCACUGUAAGUCUGUCGUGUAUUGUUUUUUAACAACGUGAACAAGCGUCCAGUUUUAGCUCAGAGUUUGUGUACAGACACUUUUUUGUACAGUGUACAUGAAAUCCAAAAAACUUAUCGUAGUAAAAGAGAAUUAUAAUAAUAAACUGUAAAAAGUGACUUUCAUUCCAGUCGUCACGCCACAUUUCCAGAAGAGAUUGGGUUUGUCAUACAACGUUCCGGAGAAGUGUAGCGUUACGAUUGGAAAGACUCACUGAGAAGCCUAUAGUAACGUUUGGAUGAGGGUAGAAAUUUUAUUUUCUAAGAUCAGGUCAGAGUGCGUGGAGUUUUAUUUUCUUUUUUUUUUAACAGUAACAGUGUCUCGAAGAAUGUUUUAACUGCAUUUAACGCGUUUGAUACUGUUUGGUUCAUGGGCUUAAGUUCAUCGUUAACCUUGUCACUGUUUUAGUUUAAUCCGAAGGCAUGGUUGGGCCAGAAGCGGAGAAUGUUUGAUCCGUCGUGGACCAAGAGAACUGAACAAAAACGUAUAUUCAUUUCUUUCAUUUUUGUUCACUAAUCCUCGUUGUUAAGCAGAAUUUAAGAUAGUAAAAGGAGCCUAUUGAAAGACUUUGUGGUUGAAACACUACAUUCUCGUCCCUUCAGUACAGUGCAGGUGGUAGAAAACGGAAAUAUCCCACAAGGAUUGUGGAAGUUUAUGCAACUUGAAUUAUUUCGGGUAAAGAAUGACACAUGUUAUUGUGUUUGUGAUGAGGCCGAGCCCUUGAUGCUAGAUAUCACAAGCUUGUUUUCCAGAAUGAUUUCCACCAUUCGUAAUCAACAGAACCUCGCCCAUGCUAAGGCCCCCCUUUCUUUUGUACCAAUGUGAAAGAGUUGAACUUAGAAUACGGUAGAGUUAUCGCUGUUGAACUACGUUCGGCUUACGUGUGACAGCAGAAGUCCG